CAAUCAAGCCGUCGCACAGAAAUUUCUCUUCGUGUUUAGCAACAAUUUUACUCCAAUAAUCAACGGUAGGAUUAGAGUCAACUCUCGCCAGAAUCAGUUUUAUAAUUCAGUCCUUUCUCAGCGUUAUCCGCAACAUUUCCCAAAACCCGCAAUGAGUGAUAGUGAUGUUUCCAAGAUGAAGGUGGCGGACCUGAAAAAAGAACUAAAGGCACGAGGUUUAAGUGUGAUGGGUAACAAGAAUGAGCUGGUGGAUCGAUUACAAACGGCUCUGUUGGAUGGUGGUGAUGUGCUAGAAGAUACGGCCAACUCCGAAGAUCUUUUGGACGACGAAUUGAAUGAUGAUCUUCUGGAUGAGGAUAAAGAUCUUACCGAUCCGGUAGCGGAGGAGGAGCAGAUACUGAAAUCGCCCACGCCGAGCGAAAAAUCGAAAUCAAUUUCGCCGGACCAACCGCGAAAGCCAGAAGAUGAACCGAACCAAAGUUCGGAAAAGUCCAACGUACCGGUAACAACCACCCGUAAAAUAUCGCUAAAGCGAAACAUUUCCAUCACGAAGCCCACAUUCGGUGCGGAUCUGAGCACCAUUCCGCUGGGCGAAGCACCGAAAGCCCAAAGGCAACCAUUUUCGACUCAAUCGUCCAGCACCAAUAGUGGUAGCGAUGGAGAACCGGAAAAGAAGGUGGUCAAGCUCGGUCAGCUGAGCGCACUGGAGCGGUUGGAAAUGAGAGCCAAGAAGUUCGGUGCUCAAACAGUAACACCGUCUAGUACUCCUGCCGCUGCUACCACCACUGCUACCGACAAAAUGCAAGCCCGUGCGGCAAGGUUUGGGUUAACCAGUACUAGCACCAGUACAUCGGCGAACAGCAACAAAAGCACACCGGCAUCGUUGGAAGCACUGAAAAAGCGUGCCGAACGGUUCGGUGGCUCCGUGUCGUCCGAAAUGAGCAAGCUCGAGCAGGAGGAAAAGUUGGCUAAGCGACAGGCCCGCUUUGGCCAGACGGUUAGCAGCGGUUCCACUGCUACCAAUGGUGCCGGGAAGGUUUCAUCCGCUUCGGUGGAUUACGCCGAAAAGGCAAGGUUACGGCUGGAAAGGUUCAAAUCUGCCGCCUAAGGAAUCGAAAGAUGGAAUCUUUGUUUUACCUUCUCUUUUUUUCCAUUGAGUAAAUGUCGUUCUUUUACGCCGCGUUUGUCGCAGUUUUAUCUUUGCUCCUUCUGUGUGGACGAGUGUUUUUAAAUUUGUACCGUGCAUAUUUUUAUGUGCAUGCAUUGCAAACCUGGCCCGGGAGCAACGCCGCUGAAGACGACGACACGACGAAUGAAGGGCGGUAUAUGUGUAAUGAACUAAAGUUUAUUGUAAAAUAAGACAACUCAAUAAUGUACUGUCAGUAGUAGAAAUUUCGAAGUUAGUGUUUUUUUUUGCGCAAUCCAUCAUAAAAUAAACAUAAUAUAUAACGGAUUUAAGAUGACUAUGUUUGUUCACAGUGACACAGACGAACUCAUCGUUCACCGUAGCUUUCGAUGUAACGGAUUCGCUGUGGUUGGAUGUAGUCUCAAAGCAUCCAUGUCGCAAAUAUAAAGUCAGCUGAAUAAAAA